ACGGUUCUCGCGCUUAUCCAUCUCUUCUUCUCUCGGUCCGAUAGUGAUCUCUCAGUGAAGUCCUUCAGUCUCUUCGACUGGACCAUCGCCGCUCUUCUCUCAUAAAUUCCUCGACUUGGAAACAACUUCCUAAAACCAAUUAUAAAGAACCUAAUCCUCUAAAAGAUUGUACCAUGUUCUAAGGGAAAGGAUUGUUAGCUAAAACAUUCUACCAUGUUCUAAGGGAAAGGAUAAGAAAAGGAUUAUGAAAGGAUAAGGUUCAGAAGACAGAAAAAACAAGAUGUUCAACAAAGUGCGAAAGUUCGAAAGAUCGAAGGGAUAAUUUAAAACAAAUCUAGAAGAUUAAGGGGAAGAUGGAGAACAUAGUUGCGAGGAUGAUUGGAUAACACAGGGAUGGAGGACACAAUCGGAUCAUGGUCCACCCCCGGGUCGACGAAUACCUACGAGUCAACAUUAAACUACAUCACAAAUAAAACUGAAGUCUUUAUACCAGUUCCACCUAGAGAUCCUCUUUUUGUAGUGGUACCAAUAACCAUAAUCUACAUUUCGAUUUUUUUAACCGGUACCAUUGGCAACAUCAGCACGUGCAUCGUGAUUGCGCGCAACAAGUCGAUGCACACAGCCACCAACUACUAUCUCUUCAGUCUCGCAAUUUCCGACCUGUUGCUGCUGGUUUCCGGUCUGCCUCCCGAAAUUUGGCUCAUUUGGUCCAAGUAUCCUUACGUCUUUGGAGAGUGUUUUUGUGUUCUGAGAGGACUUGCUGCAGAGACGUCAACCAACGCGACAGUUUUGACGAUAACUGCUUUCACUGUCGAGAGAUAUGUGGCGAUUUGCCAUCCCUUUUUGUCACAGACAAUGUCGAAAUUGUCGAGGGCGAUCAAAUUGAUACUGUCAGUUUGGUUGGUGGCCUUGUCUUUUGCGAUACCUCAGGCUCUUCAGUUUGGGUUGGUGCAGUACAAACAAACGGAAUUUGUGAUGUGCAUGAUUAAAAAAGUGAUUGUUCAACACUCGUUUGAACUCUCGACGUUUUUGUUUUUUGUGGUGCCAAUGACCUUGAUCACGAUUCUCUAUGCACUCAUUGGGUUGAAAUUGAGAAAGUCGAAUACGAUGAAGAGGGAUCGUGGCAGGAGUGAAAACAGUCGAGUUAUUGCUGGCUCGGUCAGGAAGGAUCGACACUGCAGAAACAGCACUGGACGUUCUUCCAGAAGAGUGCUUAAGAUGCUUGUGGCAGUGGUCGUGGCGUUCUUCAUUUGUUGGGCGCCAUUUCACGUACAGAGGCUAAUUGCCAUUUACGGUACUAAUUCCGAGGACCACAUGAGUUCGAAGGGACCGAUGGAAGAGUUUCUCUACCUUCUAUUUACUUAUCUCUCUGGAGUUCUCUACUACGUCUCAACGACAAUCAACCCAAUUCUUUACAACAUCAUGUCCAAUAAAUUUCGAGAAGCUUUCAUGGAAACGCUAUCAAGAGGCUGCAGAUUUCGGCGUUACGCGGUUCAAAGAGAGCAACGUUCUUAUUCGAGUUUAUCCCGUUCUCAGCCAAGAACGACUGGAAUGUUUGGUUCCAAAACCGUUGCAACGCCUGGUGGAAUGGGACUUGCACAGGAAAGUACCGAAUACUCUGGAGAAGAAAGUCUGCGGCGAUUGCCUUCAUUUUCGACGAGAAGCGGAAAAGAAUCAUCACCAGGAGAACAGUCUGUUCCAAAUCGCAAACCAUCUUCAAGUUCUCGAAAAAGCUUUAUUACACUUGAAAUUGAUGCCAGCGACACCAGUCUCUCAUUAUCAGGUCAUCCGAAUAAAAAUGAAACUCCAGUACAUAUUUCAGAUAAGAAAAACCCCGAAGAUACACUAUCUUCUGAGCGCUUCGAAAGUAAAAGAUGGCAGGAAAAUAUUUUGGUUAGGGAAAAAAUGAUUGAAAAUGAAUCCCCUUCGAAAUCACCCAGAUGUAUAGCCGUCAAAGUACCAAAUGAUUCGUCAGUGAAAAAAUGGUGGAAAUUUUUAGACUGGUUGCCAGAUUUCAAAUCUUUAAGGGUACAAAGAAGAUCGGCUUAUGAGGCAGCUGGAAUCAGAGAAACAAUUGUGAUGGAAAAUAAUCAGCUGGAUGAGUAUUCCAUAAGUCUUUGUACCUUUAGGGAAAAUGAGAAUAACCGCCGACCAGUUUAAAAAAAAUUAAACUGCCAAAAUUUGGAAAGAAUACGUUUUUUAAAUUGAUCUUUUUUAUAAAAAAAAAUAAAGAUUCACAAUAUGAAAACUGAGGAAUGAUGUUGAUAAUUGUAUACUUCUGAUUAUGAAUAGUUGCAGUAGUAUGACUAAUUAUUCUUUUAAAAAAUUUCAAAGACAAUAUUUUUUUAACUGCUUGGAAAAAGGGAGCUUAAAUAAGGGAGCUUGAAAAAGGGAGCUUGACAAAGGGAGCUUGCAAAAUUCUUUUAAUGGAAAAACAGGAGUAUUAUGGUGCCUCAUAAAAUACUUUCUUUUUGAUUCUCUAAAACCUUGACGUGAAAAUACCAACAUUUCUUUCGUUACGGAAGAAACAUUUUUAUGUGUAUAUUAGCACCCUUAGAAUUGUCACUGAAUGAUAAAGUUAAAAAUAAAAAGUAAAAUUGAUCUGUAACAAAUUGGUUUAAAUCAUGAAAAUUUC